AGCAUUGCUCACAAAACCCACCGAAACCGUCGCGCAAACGAAAACGACAAGAACGCGAACGAGAAUAAUCCUGCCCGUUCAUCGAAAGGGCUUUCAGGGAAACGCACAGUGCUUAUCGAUGGUGAAUCGACUUCUUCAUACGUGACGAGAAACAUCGCACACCAAAUCCCAGCUAGUAGGCCGCGAUCGUGCCUCGCCUCCGAUUGUUCUGCUGGUUGACGAAAAGAAGCAAAGAAAGGCACAGUGAAAUCGGUCUUCCGUCCAAUCCCGGCGCCUGGGCCAUCUCGUCUAUGUUGUGUUCCGCCUAUUAUUGUGUACCGUUGGCCCCCCCAUUGUGUGUGUCUGAAUACGUGCCGUUUGACGACGAUGAUGGGUGUUAGAAAUCCAAGCAACCCGAAUGCCUAACCAGGAUCCGCGAUAUUUUCCUGCGUGUCAUCUGCCAAAGUGAAAGUCCCGUGCGCGCCCCAAAACAUAUCGACCAAAGGGAAGGUGCGUCCGGAGGAGCGGCUCGGAAAGUAAAAUUAACCAUUCCCCCGCCAACCUAAGUCCUCAUGUGCGGCGACAUUUGGGUACCACCCGGAUUCGUCGACGGUGACUAGAGGAAGGCGGUAGGCUGCGAAAAAGAAAGGCUCUCCUCCGAAGGCGAUUGCUUCGAUUGGGGCGUGUGACGAACGGAGCGUCAAAAUUACGGCCAAACUGAACCUCAGCGUCCUGGCCGCGAUGGAGCAGGACGACGACGACGAAGUGCACGACAUCCGGGAGCAGCUGUUCCACAACACGGUUCGCGAGCAUAUCAUAUUUAUGUUGCUGUUUCUGCUGCUUUACCUUGGCAGCUACGCACUGAUCAUCCGGUUCCGGCGCCGUGGCCGGGAAGAUUUGUUCGCGGUCGACGAGGAAGAAAUCACAGUCUAUCGCAUAAGUUUAUGGCUCUGUACCUUCUCGUUGGCGGUGGCCGUGGGUGCCGCUCUGCUGCUCCCGAUCUCGAUCGCCAGCAACGAGGUGCUGAUCCUGUACCCAAAUAGCUAUUACGUGAAAUGGCUCAACAGUUCGCUGAUACAAGGGCUGUGGAACUACGUGUUUCUGUUCUCCAAUCUGGCCCUGUUUGUGCUGCUCCCGUUCUCGUACCUCUUCACCGAGUCGUCCGGCUUUACGGGCGCCAAAAAGGGCAUCAUGGCGCGGGUCUACGAAACGUUCACCGUCUUCUCGCUGCUCGCAUUUAUCGUGUUCUCCACGACGUACGUCAUUUCCGCGUUGCGCGAUCCCGACCGGAACACCUUUCAGGCAUUAUUUAAUUUAGCUAGGUAUCACCUGCCAUUCUUGUACUCGUGCGUGUCGUUUUUAGGUGUACUGUUACUGUUAGUUUGUACCCCGCUGGGGUUUGUAAGACUGUUCGGUGUGGUGGGCCAGGUGCUGGUCAAGCCAAACCUUCUGCGCGAUGUGGACGAAGAGUUCCAUGCCUUCAACAUCGAAGAAGCCACCAUCAAGCGUAAGCUGGCCACCGCUAGUCUUAGUAUUGGUAAGGCAGACACGCUUAGUAAGGCGAUUGAAUCGAUAACCUAUCUAUUCCGCGAUUCCGCUCCCAUAGAUCUAAGAAGCGUGAUGACGAUGGACCUUACGCCACCACCGAAGCUGUGCUCCGAGCUGGAUGAUUUGUAUCAAAUCAAAAGCACCGCGAGCGAGUCGGCCAAACUGUUCGAAAGACUGAGAGGAUUGGAGUCUGAGCGUAAAGUAGUAGAAAAGCAACGUAGUUCGUCGGCGCUUCAGAGGAAUCUGGUCUAUCCGAUAGCGAUGCUGCUAUUGCUGAUACUAACCGGCAUCACCGUGCUGUUGGUCGUGCAAAACACACUCGAGCUGCUGAUCGGCAUCAAGGCGGUUCCACUGAGCACCAGGCAAUUCACGCUGGGCAUAACGUCCCUGUCGAAGCUGGGACCGCUCGGUGCCACGCUGGAGGUGUGCAUAAUCACGUUCCUCGGUGUAACGUCGACGGUUGGGCUCUACACGAUGCCCUUUAUGCGCACGGUUCGACCGCAGCGGCGCAACACGUCCCUCACGCAGCUGAUCGCUAACUGUGGGCUUGUGUUGAUACUCAGUUCCGCACUUCCGCUACUGGCACGCAUUCUAGGCAUUACAAAUUUCGAUCUGCUCGGUGACUUUGGAGAGAUCGAAUGGCUUGGCAACUUUCUGAUCGUGCUACUGUACAACUUGAUCUUCGGGACGGCGGCCACGCUGUGUCUGUUCAACAAGUUUACCGCCACCGUGCGGCGUGAGCUGUGCGCCCGGUUGCGGGCCCUGUUCAACUACGGCAGCCACCUUGAGUCUAGCAUUUGCCAGAACGCCGGCAAUCUGAACCACCUGUAUCAUCCACACUCGCCUGCUUCCGGUCCCCAUCAACCGUCAACCAGUAACGGACACUGUCCGCCAACACUGGCGACCGACCAACCGUCUGCAACAUCCGGUGUCACCGAAAACGUAUCCUCGUUACAUCAUCGACACGUGGUGGCCAUCACCGAAACCGAAAGCUGCAACGGAACCGGUAAACCAAAGGGUCAUCCGGAGGCCCUGCUCAUCGAGACCGACCAGAAGGACCAGAAAAAGACGCGAUGAGC